AACAGCGACGAGACUAAAGCAAGAGGAGGAGCGAACGAAUCAGCAGCCUCCAAUCCAAUCCGGUUGCUUCUUCUCCAACCCAACCGCAACGCCCUUGGCAAUAUCCGGAGCCCCCUCGUCCGCAGCCGCACCACUCGCAGGUGAAUGGGUCACCCAUAUUCCGAUAUAGAACAUUUUCACGGGAUAUGUGUCCAUGGUGAAAACCCAACUUGAUUGAAACAGGUGUUGGAUUGAUCGGUAUCAGAUUAUGGAUUUGCCUGUGAAUCCGAUCAUGGCAGCUAAAGCCUAUAAGUACAAAGCAGAACUACUUCUUAAGGACUACCUGCUAGCAGAUUCAUAUGUCCUAUAUGCUGCUGUGCUCGGGGGGAUCCUGAUGUGCAAGUUGUCCUAUGACAUAACACAUAUGAUCAGUUCUGUCUACUUCAAAGGUUAUGCUUCUCUUACAAAGAUGCAAAAGAUUGAAUGGAACAAUAGGGGAAUGUCCACUGUCCAUGCAAUAUACAUUACAAUUAUGUCGGCAUACCUAGUCUUCUUGUCGGGUUUGUUCUCUGAUAACCUGGAUGGACCAAUAACAUUUCGGAGUUCACACCUCUCCAAUUUAACAUUAGGGGUCUCUGUUGGGUACUUCAUUGCAGAUCUUGCCAUGAUAUUUUGGUUUUACCCUUCCCUUGGUGGAAUGGAGUAUGUUAUCCACCACAUGCUGUCACUUGUUUGUGUUGUAUAUGCUAUGCUUUCUGGGGAAGGACAAUUAUACAUAUACAUGGUUCUCAUCUCUGAGACUACCACACCAGGAAUCAACCUACGAUGGUUCCUUGAUGUGGCCGGAAUGAAAACGUCCAAAGCAUACCUUCUCAACGGAGUUGCGAUGUUUGUUACCUGGCUGGUGGCUAGGAUAAUUCUGUUCAUCUACUUGUUUUAUCACAUCCUUAUAAACUACGAUCAGGUUAAGCAGAUGGACACCCUUGGUUGUCUUCUGGUAUCUAUUGCCCCCACCAUACUAUUCGUAAUGAAUGCAGUAUGGUUUUCCAAGAUCUUAAGAGGUCUCAAGAAGACACUGGCCAAGAGGCAUGUUGAGUAGGGGAAUGUGCAUUCAUGUACAGCCACGACUAUUUACUCAUCUGUGCAUUCACUUACAGCUAUGUACAGUUUUUCAGUAGUCACUAACAAUUCAACUUAUUCGUUGCGAUCCAGAUUAAUGUUUGACUGUUCAACUCUUUUUUUUUUGUGGAUGCUCUAUUGAUUUGUCUAUAUGUUUGGUAUACUUUUAAUUGUACUUUCAGCUGUAAAACAAUGCUUUUUAUAUUUGAUUUGUCCGGGAACUAUAGUUUA